AUGAAAGUAAUCAGUUCUGAGAUUGUUUGGUCUUCUUCACCUGAUGUUUUGAAGUACGAGGCUUUCUUCAGCGUGCCAGAGUUGAUUGAAUUUCCAACAGAGGUUCCAAGUCAGAACGCUUAUGCUUACUUUUAUCCUCCAACCAAUCCGCUCUACCACGAUAGCAUGGAAGAGAAACCUCCGUUGCUAGUUAAGAACAACGGAGGACCUACUGCUGAAUCACGUGGAUCCUUAAAUCUGAAUAUCCAGUACUGGACAAGCCGAGGGUGGGCAUUUGUUGAUGUCAAUUAUGGUGGAAGCACAGGUUAUGGUCGAGAGUAUCGGGAGCGGUUGUUACGACAGCGGGGGAUUGUUGACAUUGAUAACUGUUGUGGUUGUGCUAAAUAUUUGGUGUCUUCUGGAAAGGCAGAUGUUAACCGGGUUUGUAUAUCUGGAGGCUCUGCAGGAGGUUACACAACUCUUGCAGCAUUGGCGUUCAGAGAUGUAUUCAAGGCUGGAGCGUCCUUAUACGGAGUGGCUGACUUAAAAAUGUUGAAAGAUGAAGGUCAUAAGUUUGAAUCCCGCUAUAUCAACAAUCUUGUUGGAGAUGAAAAGGAUUUCUAUGAGAGAUCACCAAUCAACUUCGUCGAUAGGUUCUCUUGCCCCAUUAUUCUAUUCCAAGGACUGGAAGACAAGGUUGUAACGCCAGAUCAAUUGCGUAAAAUCUAUCAAGCAUUAAAGGAAAAGGGUCUGCCUGUUGCUCUUGUCGAGUACGAAGGAGAACAACACGGUUUUCGCAAGGCGGAGAACAUCAAAUACACACUGGAGCAACAGAUGGUGUUCUUUGCCCGAGUCAUCGGAGGGUUCAAAGUUGCAGACGACAUCACUCCUCUCAAAAUUGACAACUUCGACACUUCCAAUGAUGCUUAG